AUGGGCCGCAAGUCACAAAAACCGGCUCCGGCCGCUGCUGCCUCAAACCACUAUAUCGGCCACAUGCUGGCCUCGACGCCUCACACACGGGAACCCUUAUCCCCCUGGCGGGAGACUACAACUGACCCAGUGGUGGAUAAGGUACCUGGGAAUGAAGCUCCGGCUACGCCUGAAACAGAACCAACUGUGACAAAGCGAGACAUCCAUGAUCUCUUGGCACACUUCCAGGACAUGUUCUUUGCGGAAAUGCAAGCUAUCACAGAACGCCUUCGAGCAUCUGAGGAGGACGCUGCUGACAUGAAGCAAAACAUGGCUACCCAAGGGGAAUCUAUAAAGCAACGGUUGACAGCAUACCUCCUUUUAUUACCGGAGGGAACAGGACACUGUCACUUGAAUAUGACCUGGACUGUAUAA